GGCCCCGGCACCUGCCGAGCGGGGUCGGAGCUUCGGCGGCAGCCCCGGGGGCCGCGGGCUGGGGCGCGGGGAAGGCGGCUCUGAAGCAGGAGUGAAAUCGACUCCGACGGCCGGCAGCGUGUUUCCGUUUUCACUGGGGUGCCGUGGAGCCGCCUUCCCCCUCCGGGCCGCCCCGCUGCGACUCGAGCAGCGCCCCCAUCCCAGUGCCGGGGGGCGCCGGUCGGGACCGUCUGCUGCACCCGAGCCCCUCCCCCCCAGCCCAGCGCCCCUCCUGCACCCCGAGCCCCCAUCCCCCACCCCACACCCCAACCCCCUGCCCAGCCCAGCGCCCCUCCUGCACCCGAGCCCCCAUCCCCCACCCCACACCCCAACCCCCUGCCCAGCCCAGAGCCCCUCCUGCACCCGAGCCCCCCCAUCACCAGCCCAGAGCCGUGAGGCCACGCUGCAGCUGGGGCCUUGCCAGUGCAGCUGCCAGGUCAGGCCGUGCCUGGCGGCCUACGCUGCCCCGACAUGAACUCCCCGGCCGUGGUGGGGCCUGACAAGCUCUGCCCAGGCUGGGCAGCCGCUCGCAGGGAGUUCCCCUGGGCUGCGGAGCGAAGCACGCACUGUGCCUAGCUCCGAGGGCCGCCGAGCCCUAGCAGGCGGGGACGCGGCCUGGGACGGGAAGUAGCAAAGCGCGGAAGCUGAGAAUCGGCUGCGGGGUGCCUCAGCAGCGAGCGCUCAGCCCGUGCGGAGCAGUGGCACAGCCGGCUCUGCCGCCGGGCCGCGGAUUCCCUCUCCCUCCUCUGCCAGGAAGGAAGCUGGGAUGUUCCUGACUCUGAUCCUCCUGCUCUCUGGCCGCAGCCAGCGAGCCAUGGCCGCCCAGAGCCCGCAAGGCGUGGAGUGCAUAGUCUUCAACGAUCAGUACCUGACCUGUAUGUGGGGCAGCAAAGCAACACUGACAGCCAAUUACUCACUCUAUUACUGGUACAUUCCCCCAAGGAGUGAAAACCACAUGCCAGUUGAGGAAUGCAAGCACUACCUCCAGGAGGAGGGCAUCAACACAGGCUGCUGGUUCAACCACAGUGAGAUCAUCCAGUUCCGCCCCUUCUACAUCCACGUCAACGCCAGCCAUGGGGGCAGGAGCCUCAUCAUCCCCACCAAAGGCAUGAAGCUGCAGGACCUAGUGAAACCCGCUCCACCAGUGAACCUGACCAUCCAGAACAUAAGCAAUAACCAGCUGCAGCUGACCUGGGACUCCAUGUACCUCAAGCCCCGCUGCUUGGAAUAUGCUGUCAAAUACAAAAGCAACCAGGACACCAGCUGGACGGAGCACUUGGUCAGUGGCAAGAUCUUCUCCUUCCCUAGCGUGGACUACGAGAAGUAUUACACCUUCUACGUGAAAAGCAAGAUCAAUCAGUACUGCGGCACCACCCAGCUCUGGAGCGAGUGGAGUGUCCCAGUGUUCUGGGGCAACAAUGUAACAGACCAGGGUGCGGCCGAGGAGCAGGCACCAUGGUUCUGGAUUCACGUGGUUCUCCCCACUGCCUCUUCGAUGCUCUUCCUAGUCCUUCUCAUUCUGCUGAUUCGAAUGGAAAGAGUCUGGGUCAUUCUCAUGCCCAGAAUCCCCAACCCCAGCAAGAACUUUGAAGAGCUCUUCAACACCCACCAGGGGAACUUCCCGGAAUGGGCCGGAGUCUCCAAGGACAUCAUGGAGAGCUUUAAACCUAACUACAGUGAGAGCUUCUGCUACAUCAGCGAGCUGCCCCCCAAGGAGAGCAGCACGCCCCUCUGGGAGGGCCGUGACAAGCUGAGGGCUCCCCCAGGGCGCUCCUCAGCCCCAGCCUCCAGCAGCAGCCCUGGGCUGAGCCUCUCCAAGAACAGCUACAUGGGAGUGUGACAUUACUAGCAGGAGUCGGGAUUGUCUGCUUCUAGCUUCUCUCCUCACGCUGCACCCGCACCCUCCUUGCCCCACCCCAACGCCUUCCCCAUCCACCCCAGCACCCCUCCCUCAUCCUCAGACAUCUACCCCUCCCCAUCCACCCCAGCACCCCUUGCCCAGUGCCUCAAGCACUUCCCCCAGCCCCCAUCUGCAAGCAUACACCUCUUUCCACAUACAUGACUCGCCCCUCAUCAUUCUUUCAGUGCCCCCACACAUGCACUUUGCAUCCCUGCCAGCCGCCACGCGGCUCACCAGCGUAAGGCUCCUGGCCGUGUGGAGGCUGUGCCCUGAACAUUUGCCCUGCUGGGCCUUGCUGCCCCUACUGCUCCCCACAUUCUGCCUGGACUGAUCAGGGCCCUGGCGGAGGAGCUCUCUGGCUGGUGAUUGUGCAGCAGAUUUACAGAUAAAUAAAAACAGUCUCACCCAA